AUGUGCUGCAAAACGUGGAUUUCAUUUGCCGACAACUUUUGAAACGAGCAUUUUGAAUCGAGAUGGGCAAGGAUCGGGGCAGGGGACGCAGGAAUCACCAUUCCGGGCCGUACAACAAGAGCAACUGGCGUGGCCAGAAGAGGGAUCGCCCCCAAAACAAUGGAGGAGGUCAGCGCAACAGAAAUGCGCCACCACAGAAGACCACGCUGCUGGAGAACCAAGUGGGCAUUACGGAGUUCACUAACCCGGAUGCACCUGGUUUCACCGGAAUACUCAAGUCGCGCUUUUCCGAUUUUCACGUUAACGAGAUUGAUAGCAACGGCAAAGUGCUGGAACUGACCGAUCUCAGUGUGCCUAAAGUGGCUAUUGUGGCUGUGGCCGAAAAAGAACUGGACAACUGGCGGCAAGAACUGGAGGCAGUAAUUGGCCCGGAAGUUUGGCAGGAGAUAGCCAGUCUGGCCGCGGCCAAAAACGAUCUUACAAUCGAGCAAAAGGUGGAGAUUGAUGUGACCACUCUGGAUAAGGAUCAGCGAACACAAGUCCACCAGUUAAUAAAGCAGCUGUACAAGGGUAAGCUACUGUCCACCACCAUUGGACAGCAACAGGCUAAGCCCAAGGUCCAGGAGGAGGCAUCUGUGGAAAAGAAGGAUGCGGCUGAAGGUGAAACCCCCGCUCAGGAAGACUCACAGGUGGCGGCAGAGGAAAAGAAGAUUAUAAGAAUACUUAAGCCAAAGCCAGGACGCGGUGACAAACGAUGGAGCUUUCCCGCGGAAUACGUGACCUUCCUGGUGCACAAAACCAAUUUGGUUACCAGCGAUGUGGCCUCUACUUUCGCAGCACGACUGAACUUGCGACCUUCGCAGGUGAACUACAGCGGCAUCAAGGACAAGCGGGCGAAGACCACUCAGAAGUUCUCCAUUAAACGUCGUACACCAGAGAGUAUUUUGGGUGCAGCUAAAUGCCAACGGAAUGUGCAGAUAGGCAACUUUGCAUUUGAACCCAACACACUAAAGCUGGGAGACUUGCAGGGCAAUCGUUUCCGCAUUGCCUUGCGACACAUUGCCAAGGAGAAGCGGGAAGAAAUCGAGCAGGCACUGCAAUCAUUGAAGGAACGCGGUUUCAUCAAUUACUAUGGGCUGCAGCGGUUCGGCAACAGUGCCAGCGUGCCCACCUAUGAGGUGGGUGUGGCUCUGCUCAAACACGAUUAUAAACUGGCCUGUGAACUGAUACUAAAGCCUCGGGACUCGGAUGUGGAGUUUAUGCGUCCCAUACGCGAGGAGUGGUGGAAAAAUCGCGACUCCGCUGCGGCAGCUGCUAAAAUCUACGGCGAAAAGUUCAUCGAGAAGAAGCUGCUGGACGGCUUGGCCAGAUUUGGCGAAUCAGAUUACUCAUCAGCUCUGCGGCAGAUACCACGCAACACGCUCAUGCUAUAUCCACAUGCAUACCAAAGCCUGAUCUUUAACAGGAUAGCGUCCAGAAGGAUUAAGGAGUUCGGCUUGAAAUUAAUACCCGGGGAUUUGGUUUAUGUGGAGCAGAAUCAGUCAGAAGCCGUGGAAGAGUCGAUGCAGCAGUCCGAGGCCUUGGAUGAGCAAAAGGAAGAGGAGUCUAACGAUGAGCCUAUGGAAGCAGUUGAAGAGGAUGAAGCCAUCGAAGAGGAGUCUGUUUUCAAACGAAAGGUUCGCCCGCUCAGAGCUGAAGACAUUGCUAGCGGCAAAUAUAAACUCUCUGAUGUGGUCCUGCCCCUGCCAGGACACGACAUCACCUAUCCCAGCAACGAGUGCGGUGCCUGGUACGAGGAAAUGCUGGCCGAAGUGGGUCUCUCCUCGGAUCAGCUUAAGCACAAGGAGAAGACAUAUGCAUUGGCCGGCGCCUACCGCAAGAUGAUCAUAUCGUCCAGUGAUCUCAAGUGGAGCUUUAGGAUGUACAACACGCCAGAGGAUACUCUAAUUGCCUCCGACUGGGAGCUGUUGAAGAACAUUCCAGUUACACCAGAACCAGCUGAAGCUGAGGCCAAUUACAUGGCACUCCUGCUAGAGUUCUCGCUGCCCACGGCCGCCUAUGCCACCAUGUUUCUGCGGGAGCUCUUGAAACAGGACACAUCCUCGGCGUCGCAAACGCAGUUGGAGAAGCAGGCAAUGGCCAAGGAGGACAAUGAAAAGAAGGCGGUAACCCAAGAGGAGGACAUGGAGGUAGCAAAGGAGGUGGCCGACGAGGAGGGGCAGGAAACUGAGCAAGCGGAAACUCAGGGGGCUGAGGAGGCGGUGUAGGCCAAGUGAGAUACCAAAAAUCAAUAUGCUCGGGAAAUCAAUUUUACGCGCGCUUCGUAUCCAACUUCGAACCAACCACAACAAUAACAAUGCGCACGUGAGGACGAGGGCUGCUCUCUCGCAUCCUGUGGCUCGCACCCCGUCUAUCUCAACGCUCUCUCUCUCUCUCGCGUUCUAUGUCGCCUGGGAGAGUCCUUUUGGUCCUGUUUCUUUGACUGCUAUUUCAUUCGUUCGGUGGCCACCAACGCGAAAGCUCAAACGACGCGCUGCGCAGUUUCCCCAGCUCAAAAGUCCAAGUCGCACGGUUUUCCCCAUCGUUCUUAAUGAAGAGCAAUAACAAAUUAUUAAUUUCUAACAAAUAACAAACAAGCACGAUCCCCCAAAAUCCACGGACUUCAAUCAAUUCAUCCAGUGAAGCGAUUUAAACCAAAUAAAAAGCGAGAGGCGAGA